AUGGAGAUACAAGACUGGAUUGAAUCCUCCGUACGAGCUUUCUUCUGCUUUACGGGCAUAAUCGGAAACUUCUGGUUGGGUUUACGCUCUCUUCCCAAAUCCAGAUCUCAACUACGAACCAAUGACAUUCUCUUCAUUAACUUGGCCGUGUCCAAUCUCAUUACAAAUUGUCUGGUGGACCUACCGGAUACCAUGGCAAACUUUGUAAACAACUGGUUCAUGGGUAAAAGUUACUGUGGCGUGAUCCAGUUUUCUUCAGAUCUCUCGGAGACCAGCAGUAUCUUCUCCACCAUGUUCAUCAGCAUGUACUGGCACCAAAAACUGGUGGGUUCCAUAAGACGCGGUGGAGCUCCAGUGCAGAUGGACAAAUUACAGCUUGUUAGCACAUUGCUUGGUGGAAGCUGGAUAGUGUCCCUUGCGUUCAGCGUUCCUCACUUUUUCAUUGCAGAGCACGAUGGGAAUGAAAGUUUAGAAGUUUGUGAAGAACGUUUCCCAAACCUUGCAGACAAGAGGACUUUUGAUGGUCUGUACCUUAUACUUGCUAAUGCCGUUCCACUCAUUGGGAUAACCUAUGCAAGUGCUCAGAUUGUCUUAACGCUGCUCCAGAGCCGAAAGCGAAUCAAGGGCGCAAAUCCUCCUCCUGCGUUUGUAGAUGCAGGUGCCUCUAAUUCAGGAACACAAGCCAAAACAUCCAAUGGCAUGAAUAAUGUCAGUAAUCCCCAACAAGGAACGCAAAAGACACAAGUCCGAUCCAAUCAGUCCUCAAGUAAUCAGGUGAGGGCGGCUAAAAGUGUGGUGGCGGUGGCGACAAUCUUCCUUAUCUGCUGGUUUACUCACCUUGUGCUACGUAUCUACAGCAGCUUCAGAGUGUCCAUUCUGGCUGUAAAGUUGACCAGUUUCAUAGGAGCAUCUUACACCUGUUUCGUCCCUUACGUCUACCUGCACGGGGUGAAGAAACUCAACUGCUCAUGUUGUUAA